AUGGCCUGCGGCAUAUGCGGCCAAGAGGGCCACAACAGACGGACCUGCGGCGGCGGCGCGCGUCCAAAGUCCUCCCAGUCUAGUUCCGUUCGCCGCCCGAUUCCGGACAGCAGAUCUUCUGUAGGACGGCACUGUAGCAACUGCGGUUUGGAAGGCCACAACAUACGGACGUGCGAGUACUUGACCAGGGCUCGGGAGGAGCCGCCACGUGGCACGUCGAGGAGGCAAGAAGGUCCGACAACGCUGUGCGGCGUGCAGCGGUGCGUGGAAGUGUCAGCGCGAGACAUGAAGCUGAUCAGGGAGACGAACAGCGUUGGUUUGCGGCUGUUGCGAGCUGAAGUCGGCAACCGGGAGAUGUCCACGAGGAGUACCUGGAACGCUCUGAAAACCCGGGGAUUCGGCCUCGGGUUCUCCAAGCGGAUCGAUGCCGAGAUGGAUCACAUGCACGCGCAGGCCCGGGGCGGGAACAACCGGUUGAGCAACUACUGCGUCAUGCCCGGGGCAAUUAACGGGUCACUCGGCGCGCUGCCCAGAAGUGACCAGCGUGUCCUCUCACAGUGUGGCUGCGCCUAG